GGUAAAGUAGCGUGGGACGAACGCCCCGGGUGACGCUAUAUUUACGUCCCAUUGUUCCGCUUACGGACUGUGCUUGUGUAGUGAUUGUGAUUGCUUUAUAAAAGGAGUUUAUAUUUUCAGCCAGAGAUGCCACAGUGAUCACCAUGGAUUCGCCAGUUUCAUCUCAAGACGACCGCGACAUCGAGGUGAACGUGGUCUCUGGCGCCAGCAGCCCAGACAUUACCUCCUCACCUACUAGAAACGAGCAGAAGAGCCCCUUCUACGAGCUCAAGAAGGACAAAGAAGAGAAGGCGACUGGCAGCGCCCCGUACACUAGCUUCUCAAUAAGUUCGAUUCUGAACAGAGCGGAGCCGAGGCGGGAAUCGAAUGUGCUGGAAGCGGCGUUGGCUGCCAAUCAUUUCGGGAACGCCAAUGAUGCUAUGUUGUCCAGAUUGGGCCUGAUAUCCCAGUGGAGCGCGCUCGCCGGCCGGUACGGAGGUCUGGUCCCCGCGCCCUGGUACUGGCAGAGACCCCAAGAACGGACCUCACCGCCACGAGAGGACUCGACGACCAACGAGGAGGGCUCAGCGGGCGGUCCCCGGCCCCGCAGCCCGCCGCGCGCACCCACGCCCCCAUCGCCGUCGCGCCCUCGCCGCGCUUCGCCCCGCCUGCACCCCCGCACUCUACCCCCAGCAGCAGGACCCCAGGACCUCGAUCCAGAUAUAGACGAAAGCGACGACUUCGACAAAGACGAGAAACGAGACCCCAACACCAAUUUGGGCAAGCGAAAGAAGAAAACGCGGACAGUGUUUUCUCGUUCGCAAGUUUUCCAACUGGAGUCAACUUUUGACAUGAAGCGAUACUUGAGUAGUUCAGAACGCGCUGGGCUGGCCGCAAGCCUGCACCUCACGGAAACGCAAGUGAAGAUCUGGUUCCAGAACAGACGUAACAAGUGGAAGCGGCAGCUGGCGGCGGAGCUGGAGGCGGCCAACAUGGCGCACGCGGCGCAGCGACUGGUGCGCGUGCCGAUCCUGUACCACGAGUCGCGGCCGACGUCGAUGCCGCACACGCCGCUGCCGAUCCACCCCCAGUUCUCGAACGAGCCGGGCGUAUACUUCGGUGCGCAGGCGCCGCAGCAGCUGCAGCCGCUGCCCGCGUCGCCGGUGACGUCGCGCGCGCCGCUCGAGCCUAGUGUAGUGUCCGCUGGAGCCCGCCCGCAGGACUGACGGCGGAGCGGACGGACAGUAUUGAACGUGCCACGGACUAGUCACGUCAGUGUUAAAUGCCAAAUCGUUUAUUGUAAACAUUAAUGUAUAGGUAGUCAGUUUAAGUAUUAGGAUUUUUAAACAUAUUUUAUUGUAUAAGGUGCUGUGAGUUUUGACAUUUUGGUAGCGGCAUUCAAAUGUAAGAGAUUACACCGUAACGUUUGAUCAAAAACAUAACAGUUAUCAAGUAACUCUACAUCAAGGACUUGCUACAUCAACAAGUUAGAAUAAGUAUCUUUUUAAAAUUAAACAAUUUAUUCACCAAAAGGUCAAAACUCUACGACGUAAAGAUUCUCGUUAGUAUAAAAUGAAUUCGAUUAAGAAUGUAACGUACAAAAAUCACUGUCAUCCCAUAAUUGUAUAUUGUUGUAAAUAAGAACGUGUUUAAAUCCUCUUGUAUUUAUUUA